UAUUAUACAUAUUUGAAAGCUUUUAUUAACAUGCAUAUUACUGUUCUGUUGAAUGCUAAAAAGAAGUAUGAAGUGCUUCAAAUUUUGCUCACAAAUACUGCACUGAAGGAAGACUUUGUAAUGAUUAAUUAAAUAGUUAAAAAUUUUAUUAAUGAAAGGUAUGAAAUUAUUUUUUAUUUCAUGAAGUAUCAAUUAUUCCAGUUGGCAAAAAAAGAUGAAAAUUUACUUCUUCAAAAGGAAUGUGUAUAUCGCCAUUAUAUAUUUAAAGGUUGAAUAAAAAUUGAAUCAUGUCUGGAAGUUCAUGUCCUCGAAUACAGGUCUUCCGACCUACUAUGGAAGAAUUCAAAAACUUUUCACAAUAUAUUGAGAAAAUUGAAUCAUUAGGGGCACAUAAAGCUGGAUUAGCAAAAAUAAUCCCUCCUGAGGGCUGGACUCCCAGAAAAAAAGGAUAUGAUAAUAUUGAUCUUAUAAUACCUGCACCAAUAUCUCAGGAAGUUACAGGAAGUCAAGGUUUAUAUCAGCAAUUAAAUAUUCAAAUAAAAGCUAUGACUGUCAAGGAAUUUGAACAAAUAGCAAAUAGCAGUAGAUAUGCAACUCCAACACAUUUUGAUUAUGAAGAUUUAGAAAGGAAAUAUUGGAAAAAUAUAACUUUUAAUUCCCCUAUAUAUGGGGCGGAUGUUUCAGGGUCAUUGUAUGAUGAUGAUGUCAAUGAAUUCAAUAUUCAGAGGCUAAACACAAUUUUAGAUUUAGUGAAAGAAGAUUAUGAAAUUCAAAUUGAAGGUGUUAAUACAGCCUAUCUUUAUUUUGGAAUGUGGAAAACAACUUUUGCCUGGCAUACUGAAGACAUGGAUUUAUAUAGUAUCAAUUAUCUACAUUUUGGUGCUCCUAAAUCAUGGUAUGUUGUUCCACCAGAACAUGGACGACGUCUUGAACGACUUGCUGCUGGAUUUUUCCAUCAAAGUCAUCAAGACUGUGCUGCAUUUCUGAGGCACAAAAUGACCAUUAUCUCGCCCACUGUUUUGAAUAAGUUCUCAAUCCCUUUCCAAAAAAUAACCCAAGAGCCUGGGGAGUUUAUGAUUACUUUUCCCUUUGGUUACCAUUCUGGUUUUAAUCAUGGAUUCAAUUGUGCUGAAUCAACAAAUUUUGCUUUACCUCGUUGGGUUGAGUAUGGAAAGCGAACAAUUUCUUGUUCAUGCAGAAAUGAUUGUGUUAAAAUAUGUAUGGAUAUUUUUGUAAAGAAAUUUCAACCAGAUAGGUAUGAAUUGUGGAAAAUUGGUAAAGACAUUGGCACUCAUCCUGAAGAACCAACAAGGCAUUAUGCUGCACCCCCACCUAGGAAAGUAGAACUCGCAAUUCUAGCCCAGCGUGAACAGCAAAAGAAAGUGGCUAAACAAGCUCUUGUUUCCCAAAAGAUCAAGAGGCAUCCUAUUUCGAAUGUUGGGAAGAAAGAGCUCCGCUCCUCUGCUAUCCACGCUCGUGAAAGCGAUGAAGAAACUGAACUCUAUGAUGUAGAUGAUGCCUUGAUGUAUAAAAAGCCAAAGAAAACACCAAGGAAGAAAAAUAAAAAUUCUGUAAAUGUAAGGAAAAUCAAAUCUGAAACUAAAAAAGAAGGAAGAAGAGAAAUGAAUAUAGAAAUUAAAAAAGAAUCAGACAGUGGUACAGAUGUUCAAAAACUUAAAGAUGAGCAGUUGAACAUUAAAAUUGAUGAUAUAGUGCAUAAAGUGAAAGAUACUGUUGUGAAGAAAGAAAAUAUUAAUUUAGAUAAUAAAUUUUUAUUAGAUUCUAAUGGCAAUUCAUUGAAACAAGAUAUGUUCAAAGAAAGAAAAAUAAAUAAACCCUACGAAUUGGUAGGGAAUGAUAGUGUAAUGGAUAAUCCACCAGAAUUGAAACCAUUUUGGCAUCCUGAAGUAAAAACAAAAAUUACCCCUGAUUCUACCAUUAACAGCGAUGAUAAUAGUUUAUCAUUUCAGAAAGCUGAAGAACUAAUUAUUAACCAAUAUCCUCAUCUGAAACAGGCUAUACAUAUUGGAACUUUUUCAAUUGGUCCUGUCAAUACUAAACUUGAAUCAAGAUCUAUUUCAUUGUUUAAUCAAGGUAUACAAAGAAACACCAUUCUUUCAGAAAAUGGAAUGAAUGAUCAGAAUGUGAAACCAAAAGAUUUGCUGACAAAGAGCUCGUUCGCUUCUAAUUCUGCCUUUCCUCAGACUUGGCGAUGUGAGCAGACUAAUAAUGGAAUAAAAAUAAAAAUGGUCCCAACUGAGACAGUUCAACAAUGUAAUAAAAUUUCUCCUGGUCCCACCGCAAAUGCUAUAAAAAGUCCAGUUCUUGAAGUUUCAUAUAACUUAAUUACAAAUCAAAAAGAAAAAACUGAGAGUUCUGAACAAAAGAAUAACUCAAUAGAAAUUACAGAAAUCAAAGAAAUACCAAAUUUACAAACCAGAGAACCAAACAGAAUUGUGAGAAAGAGAAAAAGUACCAAUCAAUCAUCUGCUAGCGAUUCUUCACCGAGUGGAUUGAGUUCCAAAGUUCAAAGGGCUGAUAGCUCUGUGAAGAGUUGGUCUCAUCCCAUAAAAGAUCUAUGGCAACAUGAGCCAAAAAAUUUAGAAGCUGAAAUUUUGUUUAAUGAGAAAUUAGCCAGUAUACCACCUCAUUGUGCAAUUUGUGUCAUAUUUACACCAAUAUACAAUAAAUCAGAUUUCCCAUCGGAACCUUCUGAUGUGCCUUCAUACAGUUCUGUCCGAAUGCCAGCUUAUUGCUAUGGAAAUUCCUUAAAUAAGGAAUGUUUGCUGGAUACUAAUAGUCUUCUUAGGCCUGAUGGCACUGCCCCCCUUUUAAUUUGCUCCAUUUGUAAAGUAUGUGUCCAUGCUUCUUGCUAUGGCAUAUCAAUGUUACCUAUGGGAUCUUGGACUUGUACAAAGUGUUCAAAACAAGCAAUGGAAGCAGAAUGCUGCUUAUGCGUUCUGAGGGGAGGAGCAUUAAAACCUACAAAUGAUAACCGCUGGGCUCAUAUAAUAUGUGCUGUUCUCAUUCCUGAAACAUAUUUUGAGAACACUCUUCAAAAGCAACCCAUCAAUGUGUCAAAUAUACCUCCUGAACGGCAACGUUUAAAAUGCAAGUAUUGUUUGAAGGCAUCUGUUACAAGAUGUUCUAAGGGCAUAUGUAUACAGUGUCUGAGUGGAAGAUGUUAUCUGCCUUUUCAUGUUACUUGUGGAUAUAUGGCUGGUGUAAUAUUUGAGACAAAUGACUGGCCUGAACCAAUACAUAUGAUUUGCACAAAGCAUGCAGCUGCUAGGCGUAAACCACCAAAAAGACAGCUGACCAAUGUUACUGUUGGAGAAAAAGUUGCUGCAAAGCAUAAAAAUAAAAGAUACUACUGGGCGAGUGUAAAAAAGAAAUUUAUCCAAGAAUACUAUUCUAUAUUGUUUGAGGACAAUUCAACCUCUAACAAUACAUUACCUGAAGAUAUUGUAAGCAAAAAUAUUGCCCGAGAAGGACCUCCACGAAUAAAUGAAAAAGUUCAAGUUAAAUGGACAGAUGACAAAAUAUAUAAUGGAAUUUUUAAAGGAUCUCAAUCAGUGGAGUUGUAUCUGAUAGAAUUUGAUGAUGGCUAUGUGCUAAAUCUAGACAGGAAACAGAUUUAUGCUGCAGAUGAAGAAUUGCCUAAAGAAGUUCAGAUGAAACUUUCACAUUCUAGUGAUCGACGAAAUCUUGAUUUUUCUGCUGCAGCAGAAGGUAAACGAAUUAGAAUAACUAAUCAUAAGUACAGUUAAGUUUCACUUUUUUUUAUAUAUGUAGCUUGUUGAAAGUCAAAAGACUGUUUUAAUGCCAUAGUUCUGUUAUUGCAAAUCAUACCACACCUUCACAAAUUGACUUUACAUUAAUCUUGAAGCACUUUUAAAAUUGUCAUUGAUUCAGUCUGUCAUUUUAAGUAAAGUUUCCUGCAAAAACCAUUUCAGUAUCGGUUUUCAUGAAAAAGAAUUGUAAAUAAUUUUAAGUCAGAUUUUGAAGACAUAAAUCACAUGUUACUACUCUGCUUCAUGAAUAGGGUUUAUCAUGGCAGAAAUUUGUACAGCUGACGUCAGUGUAUAUAUCCAUGAUUUAAAAAUUUAUAAUAUAAUUGUGUGACAUUGUUCUGAAUUUAAUGUUGUCUGUCUCCUUAUAACUAGCAGUUUAACCUGUUUUUGUUUUCUUUCUGCAUAGUUAAUUUUUAUUUUGUGGAUAGAUACUUCUUGUCCACUUAUAGAGACUAGUAGAGUUAGUCAUUUUCUAUUCAUUUACUUUUGUAUUAAAAUUUUCACCUCCUCACAAAUUAGGUAAAUUAGGCUUAGAUCCAUUAUUUAAAAAUGUCAUUUUAUUAGCAUUUUUUUUUUUAAACCUGUGACAUCGUGUAUUCCUCUUAUUGUAACUCCCCGUUCACUGUAUUGCUUCCCCCCCCUUAAGUUAAAACUUUUAAAAGUUUAUGGAGGAACUAAACAGAUUUUACCAAUAUAUUUUAUUUAGAGAUGAUAUAUCUAAUAUUUGAAAUUAUUAUACUAAAUUGCAAAAUUUGUUAUGAAUUCAAUUGUAUAUUUUGGUUAAUGUUUUGUUUAAACCUGAUUGUUAAUGUUUAUUUCUAAAUCACAUGCAUUUUUUUUUAUUACAAUAUAUUUUUCUUUUAUAUCCAUGCAACCAUUUGUUAAAUUUAUUUAUAAAUAAAAGAUGUCUUAAUUCGUAGUUUUGUAACAUUAUUUUAAUUCGUUGAUUCUUAAUUCUAGAUUUCGGUAAAUUUUUUUUGAAGUGUGUUAAAAACAUCAAAAUUAAGAAAACUGUGAAGCAAAAUUACCCCUUCCCUCCCUCUCUCCUAUUUUAAAAAUAAGAAGACUUUAAUAGUCUGUAAAAAAAAUUUAACUUUCAUACAUAGUAAAAAAUAAGCAAACAAAGAUUACUUUAGAAUUUCUUACAUUAACUUGAAAAUGAAUCUGAAGAAGGGGGGGAAUUCAAAAUAAUCUAACUAAUAAAUCUGGUAUAUUUAACUCUUAUAAAUCAGAUGUGGAACAUUAAUCGAUAAAGUUUAUUUGUUUCACUGUUAUUUUCAUAUACAUAUCAUUAAGAUGUGAUAAGCCAAGUAUUAAAAUUCAGGAGAACUGUCAGUAAAACUUUUUUAAUCGAUUGAUUUAAAAUUUGUGGAAUUUAAAGUGUCUGCAGUUUUAUUUGGAAAAACGGGAAUAAUAAUAAAAGAAAACUGUUUUUAAACUAACUGAAAAGCACUUAUAUAAAGAUGCAUUUAUUUUACUUUUAUUUGAAAAUUAAGGAAUAUUUAAGUAAUUUUUGUUAUGUUAAAAAAAUUAUAUGUGUAAUUUUAUUAAAAGUUAAGAAUAUUCUUAUUAAGAAAUAUUUAAAAAUUAAAUUCAUGUUUAAAACUCUGAAGUUUUCAUUUAUGUCAUACUUUUUACUUGGUUCUGUCGACUAUCAAAGGUAUAGAAGACAGGAUUAUGGUCAUAGUUGAUAUUUGUUAUUAUUGGAGAUAGAAAUCUUAUUGUUAAUUCUAUAUACUCAAUUUUUUUAUAUGAAAAUAUUUUUGGUAUUUGUUUUUGUAUAUUUGGCUAUGGAAUUUCUUUUUAAGAUGUAAAUUAUUUACAACUGGAUGCAUCUAUUAUUCAUCAGCUAUUUCUUUCUAAAAUGAUUUGUUUCUUUUGGCUCAGACAUCUAGAUGCUCAUUAUUUUUCCUAAAAGAAAUGAGCCAUUUGAGUUUCAAAAUCUUUUUCUUUAUGUUUAAUAAAUAAAUGUUAUAAAUAAUAAUGCUGCUGCAUUUACAUAAGUAUAACAAUUGUAGUUUUUUUUCUUGGCAUCUUGAAUCUAAACAAAUUUCUAAAUAUUAAACCUGUAAAUUUUUUUAAAGUUGAAGUGAUUUUUAGCAUUUUGCAAUUUGAGCAAAGAAAUCUUUUGAAAAGGUUUUUAAAGUUUUCCAAUAGUGUAAAAUAAAAAAUAUAUAUAUAUAUAUAUAUAUAUAUUUUAAGUGAUGGCUGUCAUCUUGUUUGUAUAAUGUACUUACGUGCAUUAUACUUGCUGCAUUUUCAAAAUGGAAUGAAGGGGGGAAAAAAAAUCCUCAAUUCUAACAUACAUUGAAUCUGAAUAUUUUUAUAGUGUUCAUGUAAAACAUCUUUCUUGCUGUUAAUUUGUAGUAAUUUUAAUUGUGAAAUUAUGUAAACAGAGAAAAAAGCAGGUAUAUGUAUCAAAAAUGGUAUGUUUGUUGCUUUAUUAUUUUGAAUUACCACACUUCAUUUUUCUGAUUUUUUUUUUUUUUUUUCCCUUGCUUCCUAUUUAUAGGAAAUUUUCACUUUCUGAUUUUUUUUCUUUGAAAUAUUAUUUUAAUUCUCACAACAAAAAUUGCAAUUUUUAGUUUAUAAUUUGUUUGAGGCUAAAAGUUUUCUUAGCAUCCAUGUUUUUAAAUAACUUGGGUAUUAAUUAAAUUGCAAUUUAAUGUUCUAAAAAUUAAAUUAUUGCUGAAGUAUCACAUUUUAAUUUUUCGUCUCUGUUAGAUUAUUUGAUCCCCCUCCCCCCUCAAAAAAUGUAUCUAAUAAAUUAUUAUUUGUUUAAUAUUUUCAGUUUAAUUCCAAAUUUUAUGUUUUGUAAAAUAAAAGAUAUUUGAUUUUUCUUACAUUUUUUAAAGUGUACAGUUAAAUGGUUUGAUAUUUCAUUUAUUCUAUGAUGAUAUAUAUUCAUUGAAACAUGCCAUUUUAAGCAAAAUGUUUUAUUUUUACAAUAGCCAGUUUUAAUAGCAUCUGCCAGUUUCUAUAUUCAAAAAAAUUAUUCUGUAAUAUAAAAAGUAUUGUAGAAAUAGAAAUAGUUUUGAUAGUUCAGAUUUUUGUGGCUUUUUAUUAUUUUAUUUUUGUGAUAUAUCAGUCUUUUCUUGUGGUCUGAAAUAUAAUCUGAGUAAUUUAACAGGUUUCACUGCCAUGAUUUUGUUUCCCUAGUGUUUGUGAUUACCCAUGUUAAAAGGGACAUAGUAAGUUUGUGAGCAUAUCAUUUGUUGUCUUAAAUGUGUAGCAUAUUUAUUAGUUGAUUUUGUUUCUCUUGUCACAUCUCUUUCUCUAAAAAAUCCCGUCCAAAAAAUUUUUAUACGCGUAACAUGUCACACCCUCAGAUCAAAAUGUUGACUAUCAGAAAGAUAAUAGAUAUUUAUAUAUCAUUCUUGCAUCCAAUUAUCUAUAUAAAACAUAUUACUUAAAAACAAAAUUGUAUAAUUUUCUGCAAAAUCUCCUUAGCUUUAGUGUAUUAAUUAUUGGAAGCCCGAAAAAUUAUUACAUUGCUGCUUUUGAAAGGAUUAAAAUUAUGGAGUGAAUUGUGAUUUAUAUAUUACAGUGACCAGGGAGUGCAUCGGUAAUAUUAUUUUAAUGUAAUGUUUUGCAUCGUGCACUAUGUGUUUGUGAAUUUCUGCAUGGAUAUUUUAGAACUGGACUUGUUAUAUAUUAGUAGAAUGUCCAAAAAAUAUCUUAGAAUUGUAGGGGGAAAUGAAAUGAUUCUUUAUUGAGUAAUAUGAUUGUACUACUGUGUAUAAUAUUUGUGUGUGUUUAUUCUUGUUAAUACAGCUUAUUAUAGAAGUGGUAUGUUCUGAAAUAUUGAUACAUUAUUGAGGUAGACUGAAUUUAUUAUAAAGUGUAUGACAUAUUAUGCAAUAAUAAAGAUAUGAAGUGAAGCAAUAAGAAUUUAUCGUAUUUUUGUGUGGUAUAAUUGAGAUAUGGAUAGUGAGAGGAAUGAUUAUAAAAGUGAUAUAUUCUGAAGUGUGUUUAUUGAUAUAUGGAUUGCGAUAGGUUUGGGUUUGAAAUCAAAACAUUACAUGUGCACUUAUUUACUUUUAUUGUAUUUGUAACUUUUUAAAAAUAUUUAAUAUAAAAAAACUGAUGAUAAUUUCUUCAUCAAGGAAAGACCAAAUUUUCCCCAUUCCUCACGAGUUACAAUCAUUCAUUAAAUUGUACUUUUUCAAUGAAGUAGUUGUAUGCAAUUUUUUGUAAUAAAUUGUGUGUAGCUUUAAUCUUUCUUUUUAAAAAUAGAUUUCUCUUUGUGUCCUAUUUGAUGAGCAUAUUUUGACUGCUUUAGAAUACAUUAAUCUGUGUUUGGUAUGUGGUGUUUGUCCCAUUUUGAAAAUGUUUUUCCUUUCAUUGAAAUUUAUUUUGUUGAUAUUCUCCUAAGAAUUAGCUUGGGUUGUAUUUCUGUGUGAGAGGUAGCAACUUCUCAUUUUUUGACCUUUUUCUGUAUUAUGUUAGAGACAUCUUUGUAUUUAUGACCGACUUCAUUUUAGAAAUUAAUAAAGUACAUGUUACCA